AUGCGUCUAAUAAUAAGAUUAACGUUGGCUGUACUUCUAUUCCUGAACAGUAUUCCACAAAUCGACUGUUUUGUUGCUCUUCCACUAAUACAUUAUGGUCGAAAUUAUGAUGAUAUCAUAGCUUCAGAACGGCCAAUUGAAGAUGAAGACUUCGAUGAAAUUCACAAAAUGUUGACAGAACUUUUCAGUCGUUUAAAAGAAGAUGAUCAACAAAUUAUCUUUAAUAUCGUUCAUUUAACUGCAAUUAUUGAAACUGUUUUAUGCCUUCGAGAUGAAGAAACACGAAAAAAUUUCGCUGGUGAUUUAUACAAUGAUGCUGUAGACAUGUAUCCCAUGUAUAAAGAUCAAUAUCAUCAAUUACUGGAAAAAUUAAACAGAGCUGAUCAAGUCAUUUUAAACAAGAUAGUUAACAGAACAAAAAUGACGGCAUUGCAAAGAUGCCAAUUAUUAAAUAGUGAUGAAUAA